AUGACUCAAACAAAGGCCACCAACAUCGUAUGGCACGACGGUGCCUUCACCCGUCCAGAACGUGAAGCUCUCGCUAAGCAAAAAGGCUUGACCGUAUGGUUUACCGGCCUCUCAGCCUCUGGCAAAUCCACAAUUGCAUCAGCUCUCGAGCAGCAUUUACUUGUACUGGGUCUUCGUGCGUACCGACUAGACGGAGACAAUAUACGGUUUGGAUUGAACAAGGAUCUUGGUUUCUCGCCUGAAGAUCGUGUGGAAAACAUUAGAAGGAUUGGAGAAGUCGCAAAGCUAUUCGCAGAUUCAGCUACGAUUUCAUUGACGUCCUUCAUAUCACCAUACAAAGCUGAUCGAGAACUGGCUAGAAAGUUACAUGAUGCUGCUGGAUUGCCGUUUGUUGAGGUGUAUGUUGAUGUGCCUAUAGAAGUAGCUGAGACGCGGGAUCCAAAGGGAUUGUACAAGAAGGCUCGAGCUGGAUUGAUCAAAGAGUUCACUGGAAUUGAUGCCCCAUAUGAAGCGCCUGAGUCUCCUGAAAUACAUUUACGGGCUGAUCAAGUCUCUGUUGAAGAGGCCGUGCAGAUCGUGUUUGAGUAUUUGGUAUCCAAAGACCUUGUACCUGCCAAGAACUAG